GUCUGCCGGAACCCUACGUUGCUGUAGUAUUUGGCAAGAAGAAAAAUUUAUAAAGAGAUAUGUGGGCAUUUAUAACGGCUGUAUCUUAUUUGGUAACAACAGCAGAUUCCAUACACGUUGUUUCAGGACAGAAAAGAUAUAACUCAAUAUUUAGACCUGAAAGUAUUAUCUUUAAAUCAAAUUACACAAUUACAAAACUCUUAGUACCUGCCGAUGGCGGAUCUUACAUUGAUCACACUGAUAUACCAACGAUUUUCUUUACCGUGUACGAUCGAAAUAUAGAUGGAGAACAUUGUAUAUACGUGCUCGAAGACUUUGCUGCAUAUGAGAUCCUUGAAGGAGGCAGAGAUUCAACUUCGGAUUAUGGACUUGAUAAAACAGUAUAUUUUGGUGCGAAAGACGGAGUUUAUAAGUAUGACCCAGAUACGUUAUCGGCUAAGAAGUUUGGUGAGUUCCAUGAUGAUAUUAUUCAGAUUCAAAAGGCAAAUGGAACUGAUCUAAUCUACUUUCUUACAUCGCAAUACAAAUUAUAUAAACUAGAAAAUAAUGGUACUAAAAAAACAAAAGUAAAUUCUAUACUUUGUGCUUUAGAAUUUGUAUUAGAUACGUCUAACAAUAUCUAUUAUUUAUCUUGCGAUGAUCAUAUGCCACGAAUUGUACAAAGUGAUGGAAUUCUACAAUCAUAUCUUUCUAGUGUAACCGAAGACUUACAAAGUGUGAAAUUUAUACGACCUGCUUUUAUUAUGGAAAAUGGUGUUCCAUUUUUUGGCGACGGAACAUUGUAUAUGUUGUAUUCUAAUGGAACAACUAUAAAAAAAGAUUUUUAUAUAAAAGAAACACCUACGGCCUUUAGUAUUGAUGCCGCUUUAUAUUUUGUAGCUGCUAUUGACGGAAAAAUUUAUGAGUUCAACGUAAUGGAAGUUCUUUUAAGAAAUAUGUUUGGGGUUUCUCUUCAAUGGCCUUCAGACUUAACCAAAAUUAUUAUGUCGGUUAUAGAUACAACAAAAGAGGCCUCUCAUUAAAAUAAAUAAGACUUAGGCUUAAAGUUCUCCUUUCUAUGUUAACGCAAAAUAAUGAAAUUCAUAAUAUUAUGUAUAUUUUGGGUUAAAAAUAAAAGAUGAGAUUUUAGUAAUUUACUCAGUUAUUUAUAUAAUCUUGCUGUUUCUUGAAGAUUUAAAGGUAAAACACUAGCACAGCACAGCACAGCACUAGAUCAUAUAUCCUAUUCACUUACUUCGCAGACUUGCUCUUCUGUUUGCAGCUAAACUCUGUAUGUCGCUAGUUUUAUUGCUUAAAAAGUUUUUCAAUUCAUCUAAAAUCUCGCCCAGGACUAAAACUAAAACAUUGUAUUCGUAUAUUUUCUUAUCAUAAGCAUAGUAUUGAAUUAAAGCAGCUUCCAUGCCAAAAGCUGAUGGGAUAGCAUCAACUUUGAAAUCAAAGUCAGAAUUUUCACUGGUACCGUUUGAGUAAACAAUGUAAGCAACAUUAUCAACCAAAACAGGAAUGCUAUCUUCUAGAAUAAAUGGUGGUUUAAUAAGAGUGAUUUUUGUAGAAUUUUCUGGCAAACCUACUAUCUCUUUUAUGCCUUCUGUUGUCUUUACAUAAACCUUCUUAUCCGAAGUAUAGAAGUAAAGAUUAUUUGCGUAAUCCAAUAUUAUCUGUUGCGCAUCAAGUAUAUCUUCAAGUUUACUUUUAUCAUUACCAUUAUUUUGGACUUCGUAAACUGUAUGAUCAUCAGUUAAAAUGUAUAAAGUAUUACCCUCGGCUAUGUGAGCAAUGCCAAUGAUGCUGUCAGUUAAAGAACCAUAUUUUACAGCUAUUUGCUCAUCCUCUUUGUAUGUGUAGAGACCAUCACUAGCUGCUAAGUAUACAGUUCUGCUACUGUCGCCAGAGGAAGCUGCAUCUCUUCCAUUUUCUAAAAUCUUCUUGACAUUUCCAUCUUUUAAGGUAAACAAACCCUGAUACGUGGGUUUUCCAUCUUCAUCAAUAUC